ACGGCAGGCGCGGCGCUCGACGUUCCGGCCGGCGGCAGGGACGGGUGCGCCGGUGACACCGCACGGCUGCUUCUUGCCCUCCCCCGCGAGUGGCUGCCGGGAUCCAAGAUGGAGUCGGUGAGCAGAGCGGGGCAGGAGAUCAGCUUGGCGGCUCUGAAGCAGCAUGACCCAUAUAUCACCAGCAUCGCCGACGUGACCGGCCAGGUAGCGCUCUACAGCUUCAGCCCAAAGGCCAACGAGUGGGAGAAAACCGACAUAGAAGGGACCUUAUUUGUAUACAAAAGGUCAGCUUCGCCUUAUCAUGGUUUUACGAUAGUGAAUCGACUGAACAUGCACAACCUGGUUGAACCAGUAAAUAAAGAUUUGGAGUUCCAGCUCCAUGAACCUUUUCUUCUCUACAGAAAUGCUAGCUUGUCAAUUUACAGUAUAUGGUUUUAUGACAAGAAUGACUGUCACCGAAUAGCAAAACUCAUGGCUAAAGUGGUAGAACAAGAAGCUCAAAGAUCGCAGCAAGUUUCCCAGGACAGAAAAAGUCCCAGCAGAACCAAUGGCUGUAAUGAAAGCAGGCCCAUUGACAUACUGGAAAUGCUUAGUAAAGCCAGGGAUGAAUAUGAACGAAAUCAGGUCAGUGAUUUAAGUGUUACAUCAAGUUCUGGAAUGCAACAAAAUGCAAACCCUCCAAAGCCAGAAAGCACGGAGCCUUCAGAACAAAAAACUUCAUUACAAGUGCAAGAGCAGCCAUUCCUGUCAAGGCAGAAGCAUCUGACUUUGGAGGAACUCUUUGGAACCUCUGUACCAAAGGAACAGCCCACAGCUCCGUAUCCCAAUCCUGAGAGACUGGAGAAGUUGCAGAUGGACACCUCUGCCAGAGAGCAGCACAGUUUGCUUUUGCCUUUUUCCUUUGACCAGUCAACAGUAAUGCAGCAAUCCCUAGGGAAGUCUGAAAGUCCCAGCGUUAAAAGCAGUGCCAAUCCUUUGACUCAUCAGGAAUGUCUAACACCUAUGCUAAUACCUCCAGCGUCAGUCUCCCAGCCUGAUAUCAAAAAUGUUUCAAGCUAUUCGGUUCGUUUAAGCCCUGUUCUUAAUUCAGCCUCAGCAGUGGAAGCUGGCUCUGUUCAGAUGCUUCCUGGCCUAAAACAAAACAACAGUAUAAUUCAAGUUAUGCAGCAAGCUGCCAAGCAGAUAUCCCCACUAGUGAAUCAGCCGCCAUCUGAAGUGAACCACGCUCCUCAAAACCUAAUGGCUGGUCAAAGCCAGCUUAUAGCACCCUUGACACCAACAAACACAGGAACUGUCUCAAAUACAUCCCAUACAAGUGUUGAUCUUCUUCAGAAACUCAGGUUGACCCCACAGCAUGACCAAAUGCAACAGCAGUCUCUCACUAAGACUUCCUUAACACCAAACAUCUCUGCCUCGAUUGGCCAGCUUGCAACACCAGAAAGCUUCAAAGAAUCUCACAGUAAGCCAUCAGUCUUGAACAGCAAGAUAAUCUCUCCCCUUCAGACUGUACAACAAAACAAAGACUCCGAAGUAUUUUCACAGCCGAAGACGCUGUCUAAAGCAAGUCAAGUUGCACCUCCACAGUUUGUUACAGCGACGACUACAGUAACAUCUUCGGUCCUCUUGUCUCCUAGUGUUUUUCAGCAAUCAGCUACAAAAGCCACUGAAGUGGAGAAUAAAGCGAGUUCUUCUUCACCUUUAACACUUGGAACACCAGAAGUUCAGGCUAUACCUCCUACUGUUCUCAGUAGGUCUCAGCUUCAGGAAGCACUGAUACAUCUAAUAAAGAAUGAUUCCCGUUUUCUCAGCACUAUUCAUGAAGUCUACUUGCAAGUCCUAACCAAGAAUACGGAUAACGUUAAACUAUAAUCGAAGCUAAACCUACUUAAAAUAUAUCCAUUUUAGAAACAAUUGCGCCUCGUCUAUAAAACUAAUAUUUUUGUAAAAGAAUAUUUAGUUUUCAACGUCUUGAAUUUCAACCUGUUAGGAAAGACUAUUCCUUAAAUACUUAUGAAAGUAAUGUUCUCAGACGUGAUCUAGGUUUUCACUGUGAUCAUCACCAGCAAACCUUUGUUUUUACUGGGAGGGAACUUAAGUUGCAUUUGAGCUCUCUCAUUAGCAUUAAGUGAAUGUGCAAAUGUUUGCUCUGGCUUUCAUUCCGAGCUGUAUUUACUGUUCAAGGAUUUACAGACUCAAUGUUAUUUAAACCAGCAAAUACAUAGUGCAGUACACUACACCAUGCCGGAACAAAAUUCAGUUGUGGGAACCUAGUUCCAGUUUGAAAGACUGAGGGAAAAGGAGAUCACAAUGUCUUGUACUUAAGGUGCAGAUGUGGGGAAGGAACAGAUCUGGAACCCAGACCUUUGGAGCUAAAUCUAUAGUGAAAGGUUUAAAAGUGUGAUUUACUUAAUACAUUGACAGUCUCUAGCUAAUGCAUGUGAAUUCAUCUUUUAAAUAUUCCAUUAAUCUUACUUGCUUCUGUGUCACCACCAUUAAAAAGGUAUCCAAAUAAUGCCAUUUUCUCUAAAGAGGCAACAUUUGAAAUAUGCAAAAUCCUCAGUGAUUGUAUCUUUUUUUUUUCCUUUGUUUUUGUUUUUAAAGCAACAGAGUUGCAUGUCAAAGUUCUCUUGUUUAAAAUUUACACUUAGGAGACCACUACUGCAAGACGAUCCUCUUCCUGUUCAGCAGUGUUUGAUAUAGUUUAAACACUUUGUUACCCUUGUAGCUUACUGAUGGACCAUGUCAUAGUUGGCGUUCAUUCCUCAGUUGCCUUGGAACUGCAGUGUUGGAAACUAUGCAGAUGGGGAACAAAUGUGUGCUUUUCUUCUGGUGCCCUCUUCAUAGUUUGAAGUUUAGUUAAAAUGUUAUCACUUCUUAAAUGUGAUUUAGUAAUUCACUAUUAAUGAAUGUGAAUUUAACUGGAUACUUUCCCAUUUGAAAUCAGAAAAUUUCUAAUUAUAGUUUCUUAUGCUGCUGUGUUGGUUUACCCAUGGCUUGUAUUUAUUUCUUAAAGGCAUGCAAAGGUAAUUAUUAAGACUUCAGGUCCCAACUUUCUCCAGCAAUAGUAGUUUUAGGGGAUGCUUUUCCAGUAGAAAAGUUUUCGUUCAUUGAGUAAAAAGAUAAUCUGUAGUGAGUUAUGAUGCGCUGCUUCUUUCUUUUCCCUCAAGCACUAUUGAAAUAUGAAGAAAAAAAAUUGUUUGGCUCCUUACAACAUAUAUGUAUGUGUGUAUAUAUAUAUUCUAAGGAUUAGUUGAUGUUGAGGUAGUCAAGUUGCAUAGUCAUUUCAUUGGAAACUAGUAACUGAGCUUUAACUGUGGCUUGUUCACAAACUGGUAUGUUUUAAUUACAACAGAUAUUUACAUUUUUAUGUAUUUGAUCUAUUUUAGGUUUUUUUCAUAGCUUUUUUAGUGGAAAAUAUAUUUUGUUUAGCACUACCUGCCUUCUGAAAAGCUCUUCUCAGCCCUUGAAUCUAGAUUUCCCAGUUAAAAUAUAUAGUAUUUUGUUAGAAAAAUGUGCAUGAUUCAGGGAAAGAUGCUAAUGUUGUGCACAUUGAUCAAGAAAUACAUUGGCUUUAAUGGUAGCAUUUGAAUUCAGCAAUAUAAAUUCAACCUUGUUCAGGAAGAUAGGAGCUUCCUACAUAAAUUCUAGAGCUAUAAUUCUGUGUAUGCACGUAAACAAUGAGACUCAAAUUAGAUCCAAGGUCUAAACUGAUCUGUUUUGUUGGGUUUUAGUAAAAGGUGCGCAAAAAGGGACAAACCAAUGAGCAGUUCCUGUGAACAAAAAUGGAUAACCAGAACCAAAUAGAGUUGCUUUUUAUCUGGAUUUAGCAAAAAUGAAGUCUGUAAUUUCUUCUUAUGCACAGCUUCCAGUUUCUUCAAAGGAAGAUUUGAUAAAAGUUUCCAAGAACAGAAGUAUAGGAAGCUGAUAGUGCAGAUUGGUACUGUUUGCUAAAUACAGUCAUAUCCAAAGAUCUAUAGAAACCAUAGAAAGGAGUUGUGUAUUGAAUUCUUUAGUCAUAUACAGCUGACAAAAUACUGUUUAGAGUAGCAGUGCUUUUCUUAGAGCUUGACUCUACUUUGAAUAUCCUUAACAUGUUUCCAGACGCCCAGUAACUGCCACAAGUAGUUGGCAGACCCUUACUUUUCUUUUUGUAGUGUACUAGUAAGAAUACAUAAUUGGUUUCCUUUCCCCUUCCCAACUUUCAAAAUGAAUGGGAAAAGAAACAAAGUUGAAGUCAUAGUUACUAGGUAGGCAUUUCUACCACAAGCAAACCUGUUCGCUUAGAACAAAUGUGCAGGUGUUCAGCCUCUCUGUGUAGCCAACAGACACUGGAAUCAACCUAGAUGUCAUCCAGCACACCACAGAAAUCUAUGACAAGUGCCAGGAUAGUGAGUUUAACAGCUAAACCUCUUCAAUAAAAAGUUGCAUUGUAAAACACAAGCUCAAUGACUGCGUAAAAUUUGAAUUAUUCUUGCUAAAUGUGGCCUGUGUUAUUCAGCAACUUUUUUCCUAAUUAUUUCAACUUUCUGUAUACAUUUUAAAUUACCAGCUUGUUGAAGUGCUUGAUUCGUGUUAUCCGCAUGUAGGGAUAACUAGUGUGUAGCAAGUUACUGUGGGUCAGCAGAGCAAAUGAACUGUGACCUUUUUCAAGCGAUUUAAAUAAAAAAUACUGGCCCAAUGAGAUUUUACCUGUUAGCUAUGAGAAUUGAAAGAGUAUCAGUUCAGACUAUACUCUCCAAAUUAACUGUAUUAUUGAAGUAUGUGUUUUGUGGCUAGCAUUGAUUCGCAUUAGGAAAAAAACCAAACAAAGAAACAAAAGAACAAACCAAACUCAAAGUUAAUCAAAGAUGGUUUAAACCUACAGCUGCUUGUUCAGGAAAAUCAAAAUUCUCAGUUUUGUAGUUACACUUUAUCUGCUGUUAUUAAAUAAUACAAGGUUUAUAUGAAAGGUGCCUAACAGCUAUUAACUUAGAAGCAGUAUAUCUUUCCAAAUUAAACCAGACUUUAGAAUGAUUGAAAAAAGUUAAACUUGAGUGAUUCAUCUUAAUUUCAUAUGAAAUGUUUAAUUCUGUGUAUAAAUACUCAAUAUAUUUAAACCCUUGCCAGAUAUAUCUCAUUUUUGCUUGCAUUUCUAAUCGCCUCAUUUCGGUAUAUUUCUGACACCACAUGUAGACGCUGAUACAAUUUCUGAAAUAUUACUGAAAACAAAUUUUAAUUUGGGACUUCUUGUUUCUAAACAAAUUGGCCACAUUUUGCCAGGUAUUUGGGUUGCUUUGUACAGCAUAUCUUAACAGGAGGAAUGUGUGCAAUAUGUAUCACCUCAGUUUUGUCUGGCAACGUUACAAAAAUGUUAAGAUGCAAUAUCUUCCUUUCACUUCAAGUAGGAAAAGUUGCAGUAUCUCUAAUUUGGCAGUGUAUUUAUUCCUAUCUAUUCAGUGUAUGGGCAUAUGGUUAGUUAAGGGGGUUUUUUAAAUGUACAUUAUGUGCUUUUAGUAAUUUUUGAGUUUUAUCAUUUCUGUGGAUGCACCAGUUGUAUCCCUUUUUGCAGGGGGGCUUCAGGAAAGAUUUCUGGAAACCGGAAUGAGAAUAAUUGUAAGUCAGCAAAUUUAGAUACUGCAUCAUUAACGUUUUUGUUAUGGUAUGGAUUUUAUAGCACCUAUGUUUGUUUGCAGUUAUUAAGUUAUUGCAUAAAUGUUUAAGAAUGAGCAUUUUUUCAUCCAAAAUUUUGUAUGUUUGCAAAUAUAUUUUUGUAAUAAAACUUCAAAACAUGUUUCA